AAAUUCCUCUCGUAACACAUAUUUCACUUCCACUCUCUCUCUCUCUCUUUCUUUCUGUAUUGACAUACACGUAACACAAACGUCAUUCAUGGCUUCCCACUCCCAGGACCUGAAGCAACGUAUCAAGGAUGGCCCGGCCGACACGCCCACCCCGGAUAACAACUACACCAAAACCAAACGAGAGAAGAGAACGGACAUGGCCAAACGUGGCCUUAGAUCGUUGUCCAUAGCCGUUGCUCUUCCUCUUGCUCUUGUCCUUUUUGACAUCUAUUAUUUCGGUUCAAGUCGUAGCUAUGUCGCCCUCAAGAAACCACUUUGGUUCCCUCCUUUGUGGGUAAUACACACAGCCUGCAUGGCUUCGAGUUUCUUGAUGGGUCUGUCGUCGUGGCUUGUUUGGGCUGAAGGUGGUUUCCACAAGAACCCAACGGCUUUGUCUUUUUGCUUGGGUGAGCUUUUAUUGAGUUUGGCUUGGCAUCCUAUUGUGUUGCAUUUGGGAGCCAAUUGGGUUGGGUUGAUUUUGUGUUUAGCUAUGUUUGGGGCUUUGGCUGGAUGUUGUCAGGCCUUCAGGGAGGACCUCUACAGUGGACAGGUAGGGGAUUAG